AUGCCAGGCUCCCCCUUCCCGUCCUGCUCUCCUGCUGAUUCCAGCUCGAGUCGCCGCGCCUUCCUCUCAGACCCCUCCACGCCUCUGCCCGCCCCUUCAGCCGUGCCAGCAAGACCCGUGCAUCUCUCCACCCAGCUAUGCUUGUCUCUCGCUGUCUCUGCCUUUCAGGCGACGGUGACCAUGCUUCUCCCCUCCUCUGAUGCCGAUGGCCCUCAGGUGAGCGCCGGUCCCUGCCGCCUUCUCCACUCUGCUGCUGCCUGGCGUGCGGCGAGCGGAAUCCGCCACCCAUCCUCCUCUCCCACUGCUCUAGUGGGCCUGACGACAGCGCCUCCCCGCUGCGUUCCCCUUGCCACUGGCCAUGCCUCCCUGGUGAACUGGGCCCCUCCUUGCGCCUCUCUUCCUGGCGCCAGUAUCCGUUGGGUACGCUUGGCUCACCCUCCCAUCCUCCCUUGCGCAUCAGCUGCCACUCCGGCGAACGCAUGCUGUCUCCGACCCAGCCCUCCCGUGUCUGCCGCUUGUCGAGAGAGCGAGGGAUGCCAGGCGCUCGCUCCCAAUGCCACGCUUCCUCCUCUAUCACGCGCAAGCGCUCCACCUUGCCCCUUCCGCGCUCUCCUUGCAUCCCCACAGCGUCGGCGCCUAUGUCCGGUUCCUGCCGCUCUUGCUGACGCGACCUCUCUGCGUCGCGCACUUCAUGUCGCCCCGGGCUCCUCGUUGUCAUGCCCUCCGUCGGCGUCAUCGACCUCCAGCUCUGGGUUCGCGCCGUCCCCCUCCGCAUUCUCCUCGUUGGAUGUUUCCCACAGCUCUUCCUCUUGGGCGGCCUCCCCUUCUCUUGUUAUGUGA